AUGAAACCAACUAAAAAGUCUGCUAGAGCUUUUACUUCUCUUGAGAAUCCCACCAUGAAACCAACUAAAAGACUUGCCAGAGUUUUUCCAGAAAUUCCUAGUGAGAAUUCGAAUGUCAAUUAUGAUACUAUGAAUAUCAUAGAAGUUACCCCUUUGAAUUCUGCUACACCUAAACAGUUUUUGGUGCCAAGAGAAAUCGGAGAACAGUACAUGCAAAUGAAAGGCUGCAUCCUGAGAAUCUCAGAAGAAAAUGCUGAGCUUCGCCAACAAAUUCUCCUUUAUAAGCAACAAAACGCCUUAGGUUCAAAACUCUACAUCAAGUCCCCACCAGUAUCCCCUUCAGUACAAAGGAAUAUGUACCUGGUUCUGCUGGUACAGCCACUCGACUUCAGAAGUUCUCUGAAUCAGCAAAUAUAUGGGAUACCGCCAACUAUUAUAUACGUGCCUUUUGUUCCAGGUGAUUAUCCUCCUCCCAGCUAG